AUGACGGACUCGAAAUCAGCCGACCUGCUGCAAUAUGCGCAGGAAUACGCCUCCAAAGAUGAAGACCUCUACGAACUUCUCGGAGUCGAUGCCCUCACACCCAAAGAAGAGAUCCACCGCGCCUGGCGAAAGCGCUCCUUAAAGUACCACCCCGAUAAAGCAGGCGAUAAAUUCGACGCAGAAGUAUGGGAAAAGUUCGAACGCGCCCGCGACAUCCUUUCCGAUCCUGGGGCGCGCGGCGCCUACGAUGGCGCCAUCAAGGCAGCCCUCUUGCGAAAACAAGAGUACGAGGCUAGGGAUAAGAAGAACAAGGCUCUAGUUGACGACCUUGAGGCCCGAGAAAACGCUUGGAAGGUUCAGCGUGAGGAAAAGGAGCAACGGGAGAAGGAUGAAAUAGAGAAGGAAAGGUCACGACUGGUCGAACAAAGACGCUUGCGUGAGGAGGAGGAACAGCGUCAAGCUGCUGCUGCGCAAGAAGUUGAGGAUCUUGCCGAAGCAAAGAGACGCCUGAAGGAAAAAAAGGAGAAGAAGAAACAGGACGAGGCGAGGGAGAAGUUCCUGCGCAAGUCACGGAUGGCUGCCGAGGCUACAGAUGGCAAGCCAGCGUCUGGCCCAGUCAACGGUGCUAUGAACGUGCCAGGAGACUACUCGGUGGAUUUCGGCACAGAACAGAAACUUUACUGGGAAUUGGUCUGCGACAAGUUGCGUGCUGUUCAGGCCGUGAAGAAUCUACAAAAGAAUCAAGCAACACCGGAAGACUAUCAACAAGCAGAGCAAGGCCUACUCGAAGCAAAGACGAGGAUUCAUCAGGCUGAGGUUCGGUUUGCCGAGCAGGCAUCUGCAUCAUGA